GUUACUGAACGACAAAUCCUUUUCAGUCUCUCCUCUUUCUCUCGACAGAGCGAUUUCAAGUCUUUCUCUCAUAGAUUAGAACUUUUUGCGAUUGAAAAAACUCUUGUCCGUUCAAUUUAUAGUUUAAGAUAGUUAUGUAGUUUAGGAUCUCGUUGUUUUCUUCUAUAUUCUCGUUAGUUGAGGCUGUUAUUUAGGGUUUUAGGUUUUGUCAAUUUCUGAAAGACUUAUGACAGAGUCUAUUGAUUUAAAUCGAUCAGAGUCCGAGUCUGAUAACAACACCGACGACGUUACUCCUAUUUUUGCAAUUGAUGACUCUUCAAAAGGAUACAGAAGAGUGAGUGGUCCUACUAGAAGAUCAACUAAAGGAGGAUGGACAGCCGAAGAGGACCAAAUUUUGACGAAUGUUGUGAAGAAGUACCAAGGGAGGAACUGGAAAAGGAUUGCUGAAUGCCUUCCUGGGUCGGAAGAGAAUAGGAGGAAUGAUGUCCAAUGUCAGCACCGUUGGCUUAAGGUUCUUGAUCCAAGCCUCCAAAAAGGAGCUUGGAAAAAAGAGGAAGAUGAACUCUUAAGUGAGUUGGUUAAAGAUUAUAUGGAGAAUGAUAGGCCUCCAUGGUCAAAAAUUUCAAAGGAACUCCCUGGUCGCAUCGGCAAGCAAUGCCGCGAAAGGUGGCAUAAUCAUUUGAAUCCGACUAUUAUAAAAUCUCCAUGGACUAGAGAAGAGGAAUUAAUUCUCGUUCAAGCACAAAGAGGAAACGGCAACAAAUGGGCAGAGAUUGCCAAGCUAUUGCCUGGAAGGACGGAGAAUAAUAUUAAGAACCAUUGGAAUUGUUCAGUUAAGAAAAGGCUAGAGCAGUUUCCUAGUAACCUCUUCUCUGGUGUGGUCUAUGGUUCUAAACCUAGUUCUGGUUUUGAAUACAACUUUUUCAAUCAAAGAAACACGAUGGUCGAGAGUUGCAUAACAUCACAAAUCAAGGAAGCUGCAAAGAGUCCUCAAAGGGAUUUCUUGGAUUUAACUUUAGGACUGAAUUGGAGGAGCAUUUCUUCAUCCACAAGCUCUCUUAGAGGAGAAGAAUCAGUCUCAUCAUCAGUAGACUCAGUUUGUGCAAGACUCAAUGUUUCAGCGUGUUUAGAAACUCCACAGAACAGCAACAACGAUACUGUGUGCGUAAAGGAAGUGAGGGAGAUGAAAGAGAGACUUAGAAUGGCUGCGAGGACUUUCGACACACCCUCCAUUAUCUCCAAAACAAGCUCACCAGCUUCAGGUUUGAAACGGCUCAGACAAAAAUACGAUACACCGUUUCCAACAGAUGCUCGAAGUCACAUGUCAAGUGAGGAAGAUCACUCAGUUUCAGCUUCUCCUUCAUCCAAAUACAGAUUUGUGAAACGCAACACCUGCUCUGGCUCAAAACCCUUGGAGAGGCGUUUAGAUUUUGACUUUCUGUGAGAAGAGAAAGUGCUUUUGAUUUCUUUUUGCUUUUUAGCUUUCGUAUUUAGGAAUCAUAGAGUUUAAUAAUAACUCAUUAAACUUUGCUUUAUUUUCCUUGAUGUACAAGUAAACAUAGGUUUUAUGGUAGUCUUUUAAUUUAUUUUGUUUCCGAUAUAUUUAUCAGGAAGAAAGAGAGAAGCUUCUCUU